AUGGCGCCGAGGAAGCGCGCUCGGGCUAGCACCCAAACUGUUGCGACACCAACUCCUGCGCGAGAUGACGAUGCAAUGGAUGUUGACACUCCCCAGACUGGCGAUAAUGAAGGUUCUAGCGAGACAAAAGAGCAACAGCCAGACAAUAACUACAAUGAUCUUUGGACGGAUGAUCAAGUGGCUUCAUUAUUCAAGGGUGUCAUUCGCUGGAAACCAGCUGGCAUGCACAAGCACUUUCGAAUGAUAGCAAUUUCGGAGCAUUUACGAAAUCAUGGUAUCGACCCUGAUUUUUACCAGCACACACGCAUUCCGUACAUUUGGCAAAAGCUCCGAACAUACUACAAUCUUGAGGUGAUCGAUGAAAGAGAGAACUUCGACGAUGAAGAGGUCGAAUUCAACGAAUUUUGUUUGCCAAGACAGGAAUUCUAUGAAGCCAUGAUGGCCAGAGCUGUGGCCGACGUCAGCGAAGCUCCAACAUCACCACCCCAGCUCGAACUUUCUCCAGCACCUUCACCAGCCAAGAAGCGCAAGCGAGGUGAUACGACGGUAGAAGAUACGGAGGACGCUACAGACGCCCCAUCACCAGCACCCAAGUCCAAACGAGGCGCUCCACGACAAAAGAAGAAAGCGACCCCGGCAAAGACUGAGACGCAAGAAAAGGCCGAGACCACAGAAGAGGAAGAAGAGGAGGAGGAGGAAGAAGAAGAGGAGAGCGAAGAAGAAGGCAGCGAAAGCUCUUCUAGCGAGGAAGAAGAAAGUGCUGAAGAGAGCGAAACACAAGUAUCAAAGUCUACACGAGGUGCCAAGAAGGGCCAGAAGGCGAAGACUACUAAAGCAAAGGCAAGACCGAAGAGGAGACGUUAA